AUGCAGGAGCCGCAGGGGAACCUGGGUUUUCCUAGGGACAUCAGCAGCCCUAUCACAUCUGAUGAAGAGUACCUCAGCCCACUGGAGGAAAGCAUGGACUUUGGAGGGCCUGAGACAAGGAAGAUUGUCGACACUCGAUUCAAGGAGCCCCCUGCCUUCCAGGUGAGACUAUGUAACACUGGAUCCCAAAAGGAUCUCUCGGGUGUAUCACUUGGCUCUCCUUGACUUUACAUUAUACUGUAGAAACUUGUUGUGGUAAACUUACAUUUACAUUUUAGUCAUUUAGCAGACGCUCUUAUCCAGAGCGACUUACAGUUAGUGAAUACAUAUUUUUUUAAUACUGGCCCCCCGUGGGAAUCGAACCCACAACCCUGGCAUUGCAAACGCCAUGCUCUAUCAACUGAGCUACAUCCCUGCCGGCCAUUCCCUCCCCUACCCUGGACCAAUUGUGCGCCGCCCAUGAAUCUCCCGGUCGCGGCCGGCUGCGACAGAGCCUGGAUUCGAACCAGGAUCUCUAGUGGCACAGUUAGCACUGCGAUGCAGUGCCUUAGACCACUGCGCCACUCAGGAGACUGCAACUUAGGCAAGGGAUCCGUUUGGGAUUUGGCAACUAGAUCUCUUUCACAAUUUUUUUAAAAAUUGCUAUUGCAAUACACUGUAAAAUCUAUAAAAGCUUUAAACUUAAUCUCAAAGCACUUCAUAUUGUAUGGUGAUUCACCUAAUCCAGCAAGCAUUGGAUGUUCCAGUAAUGCUUUACUUGACACCCAGCGUCAUAACACGUUAUGACACGGUCAUUUACAUUUAUAUUUUAGUCAUUUAGCAGACGCUCUUAUCCAGAGCGACUUACAAUUAGUGAGUGCGUACAUAAUUUUUAUAUUUUUCAUACUGGCCCCCCGUGGGAAUCGAACCCACAACCCUGGCGUUACAAACGCCAUGCUCUACCAACUGAGCUACAUCCCUGCCGGCCAUUCCCUCCCCUACCCUGGACGACGCUGGGCCAAUUGUGCGCCGCCCCAUGGGUCAUAACAGCUGACAUAACUUGUCAUAACCUGUUAUAAUGUGGUCAUAACACUGUCAUGACAUAUUUAGACCUGUUGUGACAUAUAUUGCAUUAUUUUAAGGCUGGUUAUGACAUCUACAUAAGAGCGUCAAAACCCACAUAACCUACCACACAAGUCAAAACAUUCCAUUACACCAUAGCCGUCAUGUUAUAUAUUUUAUUUUAUUGUAUUUCUUUACCAUAUUAAAUGAUCAUUGUUAUUGCGCACACAUUGAUGAUGUCAGACAUGCACCUACCCCAAUGCUCUGUUGCUGAUGACUGGGAUGAAUGCAGGAGCAGAUUUCAGGAGCAGGACAAUACACCCUCGUUUUGACUGAUGACUGAUAUAAGGGCAUGUACAUGAUAGGCCUAUCUGGAUUAUAUGAUUAUGAUGGUCAUAAUGCUUCUUGACAGUGUCAUAAAGUGUAUUUUCUUAGUCCAAGUAAAGUGACACAGCACGGCCAUAAUGCUUCAUGACAGUGUCAUAAAGUUUAUUUUCUUCAAGUAAUUUAAAAUAUAAUGGGGAAAAAACAUGACUGUAAAUAAUUCAUUACAACAACAAAGCGUUUAAGAAACAAACUUUCAAACAGAAGGAAACUUCUUGGCAGGGAAAAAACUAAUUUGAAUAAAUGUGGGUUUUGACACUCAUGACGGAAUAUAUGUCACAACAGGUGUAAAUAGAUGGGUCAUCACAGUGUUAUGACAAAAAUUAUGACAGGUUAUGACAAGUUAUGUCAGCUGUUAUGACAUAAUAUGACAUGGUUAUGACCGUGUCAUAAUGUAUUAUGACACUGUGUGUCAAGUAAAGUGUUACCGAUAUUCCAUAUAGUGUAGUUUUCAUUUUAAAAGUGACAGCAUGGAAAUGAGUCUAUGUGCUGUCAACUCCCAUUUCAAAAUGGCUCAUCCUCCGUUUUAACAGGUAACUAUGAAUGAUCAAGUUGUCAUUGAGGGGCAAGAGGUCACCAUGUCUGUCCGACUAAAUGGGCAGCCCAAACCUAUGCUUUAUUGGUAGGUUUUCUUAGACCAUCAAAUCCUCAACUCAUUGCUCUGUGUAUUUAAUCUUAACUGAUAAAGCCUGCUGUAACGUUCAUGAGAUAUUGAUACAAUAUAGAAGAAAAUAAUUGUCCCGCAUACACUACAUUACCAAAAGUAUGAGGACACCUGCUCGUCGAACAUCUCAUUCCAAAAUCAUGGGCAUCAAUAUGGAGUUGGUCCCCCCUUUGCUGCUAUAACAGCCUACACUCUUCUGGGAAGGCUUUCCACUAGAUGUUGGAACAUUGCUGCGGGGACUUGCUUCCAUUCAGCCACAAGAGCAUUAGUGAGGUCGGGCACUGAUGUUGGGCGAUUAGGCCUGACUUGCAGUCGGCGUUCCAAUUCAUCCCAAAAGUGUUCGAUGGGGUUGUGGUCAGCGCUCUGUGCAGGACAGUCAAGUUCUUCCACACCGAUCUCGAAAAACCAUUUCUCUAUGGACCUCACUUUGUGCACGGGGGCAUUGUCAUGUUGAAACAGGAAAGGGCCUUCCCCAAACUGUUGCCACAAAGUUGGGAGCACAGAAUCGUCUAGAAUGUCAUUGUAUGCUUUAGCGGUAAGAUUUCCCUUCUCUGGAACUAAGGGGGCCUAGCCCGAACCAUGAAAAACAGCCCCAGACCAUUAUUCCUCCUUCACCAAACUUUACAGUUGGCGCUAUUUAUUGGGGCAGGUAGCGUUCUCCUGGCUUCCGCCAAACCCAGAUUCGUCCGUCGGACUGCCAGAUGUUGAAGUGGGAUUCAUCACUCCAGAGAGCCCAUUUCCACUGCUCCAGAGUCCAAUGGCAUCGAGCUUUACAGCACUCCAGUGUACGCUUGGCAUUGCGCAUGGUGAUCUUAGGCUUGUGUGCGGCUUCUCGGCCAUGGAAACCCAUUUCAUGAAGCUCCUGACGAACAGUUAUUGUGCUGACGUUGCUUCCAGAGGCAGUUUGGAACUAGGAAGUGAGUGUUGCAAUCAGGAACAGACCAUUUUUACGCGCUGCGCCCUUCAGCACUCGCCGGUCUCAUUCUGUGAGCUUGUGUGCUUACCACUUUGCGGCUGAGCCGUUGUUGCUCCUAGACUUUUCCACUUCCCAAUAACAGCACUUACAGUUGACUGGGGCAGCUCUAGUAGGGCAGAAGUUUGACGAACUGACUUCUUGGAAAGGUGGCAUCCUAUAACGGUGCCACGUUGAAACUCAAUGAGGUCAUUAAGGUCAUUCUACUGCCAAUGAUUGUCUAUGGAGAUUGCAUGGCUGUGUGCUCGAUUUUAUACACCUGUCAGUAACGGGUGUAGCUGAAAUAGCCGAAUCCACUAAUUUGAAUGGGUGUCCGCAUACUUUUGUAUAUUGUAUCUUGCCAUUAGAGUUUUGUGCAUGCUCCACAUUGGCAUGGUUCACAUUAGCAAGACAAUGGAUGCUAGGUUUCUGUAAUACAUUUACAAUGUAGUCUUUAUAAAACCAGUAUACUGUAGUUCCCUCUACAUUGUAAUGCAUCUCUAAACAUUGCAAAACAUUUCUAAAUAUAGAACUCUCUCUUGGUUCAGGCUGAGGGACAGGGUGACGAUUAAAACAGACUUGCACUACACUGUGCGUGAGACAGAGGAUGGCACUUUUGAAAUGACCAUCAACUCAGCUCAGAAGUCGGACACAGGAGUGUACACCUGCAAGAUCAUCAAUGAGUAUGGAACGAAGCAUUGCGAAUGCAAACUGGAGGUGAAAGGUACAGUACAGCAAUGUUGUCUUUUUCCAAUCCCUCUCUUUGCUGUAUGCCAAUCAAAUAAUACAAAACAUUGGAUAACACUUUUUUAUGUGAGGUACAUAUAAUGCCUUAUUAACACUGACUCUAAGCGUAGUAAUAGCUUAGUGGUUAAGAGCGUUGUGCCAGUAACCGAAAGGUCGCUGGUUCUAAUCCCCGAGCCGAAUAGGUAAAACAUCUGUCGAUGUGCCCUUGAGCAAGGCACUUAACCCUAAUUGCUCCUGUAAGUCGCUCUGGAUAAGAGCGUCUGCUAAAUGACUAAAAUGUAAAAUGUAAAUGUAAUAAGCGUAGUUGUUCUCCACUCACAAUGUGUAAGCUACAAAGCUUGGCAGACAGCUUACACUCUUCCAAUAAAGAAUCAGGAGGCAUUGGUACCGUUAACAAUCUUUAGUAGAAGAUAUUUUGUUUGUAAAACUGUAACAGAUACAGAAAGGAGAAAAUGUAUGAGAAAAAGUACAGCAUCUCUAUCACGAGUUAGCAACAAGAAAACGAACAGAAAUGAUGACAAUUUACAUCACAGGAAAGGUGACACUAAACCUACACACCUUAAGUGUCCAUAUAGCUUAUUAACUAUGCUUUAGCUCUGUCACAAGAGAUAUCUGAACACUUAAAAUAGCUAGAUACGUCCAAAAACCAAAUAAGCUAAAUUCUGUCACAAAACGAUAGCUAGCAUGCUAACACACAAUGUUAAGUGAAUGGGCGAUAGUUCGCGCAAUUAGCUUAGCAUCAUCUGAACUUGGAAAACUAGAAUAAACAUGUAAAAAACAUAAAUAUUCUAGAAACAAAAUUUGAAUUAGCAAAAGCAUGUUCUAAUAACUCGAAAGUACUUACAGACUUAUCUUUAACCAAGGCCUAGUAAGAUGGAAAAAUAGAGCUUGUCUGUCUGUUGUUGUCGAUCGGAUUGUUCUGACAGGAAAUAGCUCUGAACCGAAAGUUAGCAAAUUAAAGCUACAGUACCCAAAUUCGCCAGUAGAUGACAACAUAAUGACAAUAUAAUACUUUGUACAGAAGUACAGCUAUCAGAACAGUAGUAUUAAGCUAUAAACUCACAAGUCAUUAAAACAUCCUUAUGAGACUCAAAUGCAUGAUUAUUGGCCAACUUUGAAAACGCAGGUGAUAUAUUGAAAUAUAUACAUUACUAAAUACUUAUUUUAUUGCAGACUGACAGAUAAUGAACAUGACACAGAAUUUACAGAAUAUUCUCUCUUGUCCUGUGUAUCCCCUAGUGCCACCAGUGGAGCCAGGCCUAGCCAUUACCCGUCCAGUGAUGGACAUCACAGCGGACGCCGGUGAGACGGUCAUGUUAGAGUGCCACGUAAUUGGACCACUGGACACAGACGUCGAUUGGCUAGCAGAUGGUAAACAGAUCCAGCCGGCUCUGCUCAACUGCAAAAUGCAUUUUGACGGGAAAAGGUGCAGGCUGCUCCUCAACUCAGUGCACGAAGAUGACAGCGGCACCUAUACGUGCAAGCUGACCUCGGCCAAAGGUAAACUCUUAACUGCACUAUCACCCACUUCGCUUGUCCUCUUCAUCUCUGUUGGUAUAGAUUAACCAAACAUGUAGAAUAACCAAAAGUUAAAUCUUUGUAUAUCAUUAGCUUCUAUAUAUUACUGCAUACAUAUACAGUAUCAUAUCAUAUCAUAUAGAUGAUGAAAUGUAAGUCAUCAACUUUCCAGAAUCAAACUGGAUCUCUUGAAAUAAGUUGAAUGACAAAUUCAAUUAAUAAAACAGGUACUGUAAAUGUUUUACUUCAUUUUCAACUUCAUCUUCAUUUUAAGUUUGUUGUUUUACUUUGGCCUUGUUUUGUUUUAGAGGAACUGACCUUAAGUGGCCAACUCAAAGUCAUCCCCUCCAUCAAGCCCCUUUUCACCCGCAAGCUGGAUGUCUUAGAGGUGAUUGAGGGACGUAACGCCCGCUUUGACUGCAAGGUCAGCGGAUCACCACCUCCAAAAGUCAGCUGGGGACAUUUUGGUAGGAGACUCAUUUUCAUCAUGUUCACAUAGCCACAUAAGUUCCUAUAAAUACCCUACUAUUUUAAAGUAUUUUCAAAUACUUAUUUCAAAUACUAUAUUCAAAUACCUGGGUUAAAUGCAUGUGAGUGUAUUUUAGUCAGUGUAUUUUAGUAUUUUCAAAUACAUGCCAAUACUUUCCAAGUGUAUUUCCGAAUACAUUUCAAUAAUUAACUACUUGUCUUUUAAAAAAAAUAUCUGAAUACUUUUACAGUAUUUGAACCCAGGUCUGGCAGGUACAAAUUGUUACAUAGUAAUUACUAAAUUUUACUACUGUUAUACUUGUUUGUGGCAUGCACAAUUUCAAGGUUUCGCAAAUAAAAUCACUAUGCAGACAAUGUCUCAAUAUCCUCUUCUCUCCCCAGACCAUACACUGGUAGAGAGUGACAAUGUGCAGAUCUUACAAGAGGGAGGACGUCACUCCCUCAUAAUCUCUCAUGUCACCAAUGAGGAUGAGGGCUUCUACACAGUCAUCGCUUGCAAUCCACACGGCAACGCCGAGAGUGCCGCUGAGCUCUAUGUCCAGGAGCCCAGACCUGCUAUGUCAUCUCAAAUGUAGGAACACACUUACCACCUACAGUCCUCACCAUAUUUUUAUUUAUUGUAUUUUAUUUCACCUUUAUUUAACUAGGCAAGUCAGUUAAGAACAAAUUCUUAUUUACAAUGACGGCCUACACCGGCCAAACCCGGACGACGCUGGGCCAAUUGUGCGCCGCCCUAUGGGACUCCCAAUAACGGCCGGUUGAGAUACAACCUGGAAUCGAACCAUGUGGUCUGUAGUGACGCCUCAAGCACUGAGAUGCAGUGCCUUAGACCGCUGCGCCACUCGGGAGCCCAUAUAUGUAUUUGGACAGUGAAGCUACAUUUGUAAUUUUGGCUCUGUACUCCAGCUUUGAAAUCUAAAUGAUUAAUAUGACAGCGACAGUACAGAUUGCCACCUUUUAUUUUUUGGGUAUUUUCAUAUAUAUCUGUUUUAUCAUUUAGACAUAAAAUCCCUUUAUCACUUUAUGUAUCCCCCGUUUGAAGAAAUCAUAAAUAUUUGGACAAAUUUGCUAUAGUGUGUUAAAGUAGUCAAAACUUUAGUAUUGGUUUUAUAAUCCUUGCAUGCAAUGACUACAUCAAACUUGUGACUCUACAAAUACGGUGGGUGCAUUUGCGGUUUGUUUUGGGUGUGUUUUGGGUCAUGUCUUGUCCAAUAGUAACUAAAUGGUGAAUUAUGUCAGGUGUCAUUUUGGAGUGAGAAUAAAAUAUGUUUCUAAACACUCUUAUAUUCAUUUGAAUGCUGCCAUGAUCAUGACAAAUCCUGAAUGAAUCAUGAAUAAUGAAGAGUGAGAAAGUUACAGAGGCACAAAUAUGAUACCCCCCCCAAAAGUGCUAACCUUCCCUGUUAUAGGUAAUGGUGAGAGGUUAGCAUCUGUUGUUGUAGCUUUUGUAACUUUCAUAUUCAUCAUUAUUCAUGAUCUAUUCAUGAAUUUUCUUAAUAGUGGCAGCAUCAGAAUGAAUUAAGAAGUGCUCAGAAACAUUCUCUCUGCACAUUUAGAAAUAAAAUUACUCCAGGCACCAUUCACUACUAAGUUACUAUUGGGCAAGACGUCCCAGAAUACACCCAAAACAAUCUGCAAAUGCACCCAAUGAGUUUGUAGAGUCAAGUAGUCAUUGGGUGCAAGCAAUUUGGGACCAAAUACUAACCUUCAGACUACUUUAAUACACUAACUUUCAAUAUCCUUGGGGUCAUGUAGAGUGCCAAAGAAGUUGUAAACAGAUAUGAUCUGGGCACAAUUAGACUAUUCAAGAUAUUUUGAGAGGAACCGAAUGGCCGUGCACAAACAGGGGUGUUACUGUAAAUAUUGGUUACGUACUUAGAAAUACUUCGAUUUCUUGCAAAAUCAAUCAAUCAAUCAAUUUUAUUUUAUAUAGCCCUUCUUACAUCAGCUAAUAUCUCGAAGUGCUGUACAGAAACCCAGCCUAAAACCCCAAACAGCUAGUAAUGCAGGUGUAGAAGCACGGUGGCUAGGAAAAACUCCCUAGAAAGGCGAAAACCUAGGAAGAAACCUAGAGAGGAACCAGGCUAUGAGGGGUGGCCAGUCCUCUUCUGGCUGUGCCGGGUGAAGAUUAUAACAGAACCAUGCCAAGAUGUUCAAAAAUGUUCAUAAGUGACAAGCAUGGUCAAAUAAUAAUCAGGAAUAAAUCUCAGUUGGCUUUUCAUAGCCGAUCAUUAAGAGUUGAAAACAGCAGGUCUGGGACAGGUAGGGGUUCCAUAACCGCAGGCAGAACAGUUGAAACUGGAAUAGCAGCAAGGCCAGGCGGACUGGGGACAGCAAGGAGUCACCACGGCCGGUAGUCCCGACGUAUGGUCCUAGGGCUCAGGUCUCUCAGUUGGCUUUUCAUAGCCGAUCAUUAAGAGUUGAAAACAGCAGGUCUGGGACAGGUAGGGGUUUCGUAACCGCAGGCAGAACAGUAAAAUCAUUACAUACAGUGGGGAGAACAAGUAUUUGAUACACUGCCGAUUUUGCAGGUUUUCCUACUUACAAAGCAUGUAGAGGUCUGUAAUUUUUUAUCAUAGGUACACUUCAACUGUGUGAGACGGAAUCUAAAAAAAUCCUGAAAAUCCUGAAAAUCACAUUGUAUGAUUUUUAAGUAAUUAAUUUGCAUUUUAUUGCAUGACAUAAGUAUUUGAUCACCUACCAACCAGUAAGAAUUCCGUCUCUCACAGACCUGUUGGUUUUUCUUUAAGAAGCCCUCCUGUUCUCCACUCAUUACCUGUAUUAACUGCACCUGUUUGAACUCGUUACCUGUAUAAAAGACACCUGUCCACACACUCAAUCAAACAGACUCCAACCUCUCCACAAUGGCCAAGACCAGAGAGCUGUGUAAGGACAUCAGGGAUACAAUUGUAGACCUGCACAAGGCUGGGAUGGGCUACAGGACAAUAGGCAAGCAGCUUGGUGAGAAGGCAACAACUGUUGGCGCAAUUAUUAGAAAAUGGAAGAAGUUCAAGAUGACGGUCAAUCACCCUCGGUCUGGGGCUCCAUGCAAGAUCUCACCUCGUGGGGCAUCAAUGAUCAUGAGGAAGGUGAGGGAUCAGCCCAGAACUACACGGCAGGACCUGGUCAAUGACCUGAAGAGAGCUGGGACCACAGUCUCAAAGAAAACCAUUAGUAACACACUACGCCGUCAUGGAUUAAAAUCCUGCAGCGCACGCAAGGUCCCCCUGCUCAAGCCAGCGCAUGUCCAGGCCUGUCUGAAGUUUGCCAAUGACCAUCUGGAUGAUCCAGAGGAGGAAUGGGAGAAGGUCAUGUGGUCUGAUGAGACAAAAAUAUAGCUUUUUGGUCUAAACUCCACUUGCCGUGUUUGGAGGAAGAAGAAGGAUGAGUACAACCCCAAGAACACCAUCCUAACCGUGAAGCAUGGAGGUGGAAACAUCAUUCUUUGGGGAUGCUUUUCUGCAAAGGGGACAGGACGACUGCACCGUAUUGAGGGGAGGAUGGAUGGGGACAUGUAUCGCGAGAUCUUGGCCAACAACCUCCUUCCCUCAGUAAGAGCAUUGAAGAUGGGUCGUGGCUGGGUCUUCCAGCAUGACAAAGACCCGAAACACACAGCCAGGGCAACUAAGGAGUGGCUCCGUAAGAAGCAUCUCAAGGUCCUGGAGUGGCCUAGCCAGUCUCCAGACCUGAACCCAAUAGAACAUCUUUGGAGGGAGCUGAAAGUCCGUAAUGCCCAGUGACAGCCCCGAAACCUGAAGGAUCUGGAGAAGGUCUGUAUGGAGGAGUGGGCCAAAAUCCCUGCUGCAGUGUGUGCAAACCUGGUCAAGACCUACAGGAAACUUAUGAUCUCUGUAAUUGCAAACAAAGGUUUCUGUACCAAAUAUUAAAGUUCUGCUUUUCUGAUGUAUCAAAUACUUAUGUCAUGCAAUAAAAUGCAAAUUAUUUACUUAAAAAUCAUACAAUGUGAUUUUCUGGAUUUUUGUUUUAGAUUCCGUCUCUCACAGUUGAAGUGUACCUAUGAUAAAAAUUACAGACCUCUCCAUGCUUUGUAAGUAGGUGUCACGGUUUCGGCCGAGGCUGCCUCUCUUCCUUGCUCGGGCAGGCUUCGGCGUUCGUCGUCUCCGGAAUACUAGCUGCCACCGUUGUAUGUUUCUAUGUUCGUUUGGUCUGGUCUGGUAUUGUACACCUGUUAUCGUUUAGUGUCAUUAGUGUCCUAUAAGUUCUCGUUGUGUUUGUCAGGUGUUGUGUGUGAUUGUUUUCACUGUCGUGCGUUUUGCUUGUUCAUAUACUGUUUGCUCGGUUGAGCUGUUCUCCUAUGUGUAGGAGUGUUUUGUCGCACAUGUUUAGUGCGCCCGUUUUGUUUUCGCCUGCGUGCGGAGUUCUCGCCUCAGGGCAUUUCAUCGUGCUUGAGUUUGUGCAUGCACUAAAGUCUUUUGGACUUACUUUCUGCGUCCUGCGCCUGAUUCCACCACCACACCCACCUACAGCUACACUGACAGUAGGAAAACCUGCAAAAUCGGCAGUGUAUCAAAUACUUGUUCUCCCCACUGUAUGUCUAUGAUAAUAUGAUAAUUCAUAAACGUUAAUGUUUUUUAAGUGAGUUUAUUUGGUUUAUUUCUUAGGAGUUACAUUUGACCCCAGUUACUAUUACAAUUGCCCCUGGCAUGGGGGCAAAUGGAACGUCAGGACUUUUCAGAUUAAAAUCUAUAUUUUGAUCUGACCGUCUAAUGUACAGACCUAAAUCAAAUCAAAUGUUAUUUGUCACAUGCUUCGUAAACAACAGGUGGAGACUAAGAGUGAAAUGCUUACUUACAGGUCCUUUUUCAACAAUGCAGAGUUAAACAUACAAAUAAAAUACUAAUACAAAUAUUGACACCAGGAAGAAAUACACAGUGAAUAACAAUAACUAGUAAAAAUAACAUGGCUAUAUACAGGGAGUACCAUUACCGAGUCGAUGUGCAGGGGUACGUGGUAAUUGCAGCAGUGCAGCAGAAUUGGUGCAAAAAAGUGUAUGAAUGAUUAAGAGACAGAUGUAAGUUUCUUAUAUAUAAAAAAUGACCGCCCUAUUUCAAGUGGUCUCCGAGCAAUAGAGUUUUAUUUUGCCCCUGGUCUUCCCUGGUUUUAUGUCUCAGUGGUAAAGCAGAUACACUAUAUAUAAAAAAGUAUGUGGACACCCCUUCAAAUUAGUGGAUUCGGCUAUUUCAGCUACACCCGUUGCUGACAGGUGUAUAAAAUGCAAUCUCCAUAGACAAACAUUGGCAGUAGAAUGGCCUUAAUGAAGAGCUCAGUGACUUUCAACAUGGCACGUGGAUACCAACAAGUCAGUUCAUAGGAUUCCAACAAGUCAGUUCGUAAAAUUUCUGCCCUGCUAGAGCUGCCCCGGUCAACUGUAAGUGCUGUUUUUGAGAAGUGGAAGCGUCUAGGAGCAACAACGGCUCAGCCGCGAACACAAGCAUACAGAAUGGAAUCGCCGAGUGCUGAAGCACAUAGCGCAUAAAAAUUGUGUGUCCUUUGUUGCAACACUCACUACCGAGUUCCAAACUGCCUCUGGAAGCAACGUCAGCACAAUAACUGUUCGUCGGGAGCUUCAUGAAAUGGGUUUCCAUGGCCGAGCAGCUGCACACAAGCCUAAGAUCACAAUGCGCAAUGCCAAGCGUACGUUGGAGAGGUGUAAAGCUCGCUGCCAUUGGACUCUGGAACAGUGUAAACGCGUUCUCUGGAGUGAUGAAUCACGCUUCACCAUCUGGCAGUCCGACGGACGAAUAUGGGUUUGGCGGUUGCCAGGAGAAAGCUACCUGCCCCAGUGCAUAAUGCCAACUGUAAAGUUUGGUGGAGAAGGAAUAAUGGUCUGGGGCUGUUUUUCAUGGUUUGGGCUAGGCCCCUUAGUCCCAGUGAAGGGAAAUCUUAAUGCUACAGCAUACAAUGACAUUCUAGACAAUUCUGUGCUUCCAACUUUGUGGCAACAAUUUGGGGAAGGCCCUUUCCUUUUCAGCAUGACAAAGCGAGGUCCUUAAAAAAAUGACUUUUCGAGAUCGGUGUGGGAGAACUUGACUGGCCUGCACAGAGCCCUGACCUCAACCCCAUCGAACACCUUUGGGAUGAAUUGGAACGCCAUAUUAAUGCCCAUGAUUUUGGAAUGAGAUCUUCGACGAGCAGGUGUCCACAUACUUUUGGUCAUAUAGUGAAUGCAUGAAAAUACCCUCAAAUAAAACAUUCUCUACUAUUGUGUCAUAUUGAUCAUUUGAUCUCAAAUCCAAAAUGCUGGAAUAUAGAGAAAAUUCAAGUUUUAGCUUCACUGUCUAAAUACAUAAUUUAGAGAUAAACUAGCCUAGAUUUCACAAUCCAUAUUAGGCACAUUCAACAAGUUGCUCUCUCUCUCUCUCUCUCUCUCUCUCUCUCUCUCUCUCUCUCUCUCUCUCUCUCUCUCUCUCUCUCUCUCUCUCUCUCUCUCUCUCUCUCUCUCUCUCUCUCUCUCUCUCUCUCUCUCUCUCUCUCUCUCUCUCUCUCUCUCUCUCUCUCUCUCUCUCUCUCUCUCUCUCUCUCUCUCUCUCUCUCUCUCGACCCCUCCCUCCAAAGGGCGAAGCUAGAGAAGAUGCCGUCCAUCCCGGAGGAGCCUGAGGUGCUGGACAACGAGGUUGAUCGCUUUACCAUGCCUGACUUUGUCAAGCCCCUGUACGACCUGGACGUGAUUGAGGGCAAGGAGGCCGUGCUCAAGUGCAAGGUGGCCGGCCUGCCAUACCCCACCAUCGUGUGGUUCCACAAUGGCAAGAAGAUCGACAGCAUGGAGGACAGGAAAAUGACACAUUGUGAGUUGAGAUUAGUACUAUCAGUGCAGCUAUAUAAGUCCAACUGCAAUUUUAACACUGUUUCAUACAACAUUAACAUAUUUUGUAAAACUGUCCAAACUUUGUACAAUAUUAAAUGCACCAUCAUUCAUAGAUAAAGUUCCUAUAUUUGAUUAAUCAGUUGUAGUACAACAAUGGUUUUUAGGCAACAGCUUGAAUGCUAACAACGCACUUUCAGCAGGAUAUAACGAUUAGCUUAACGCUAUGAUGUGCUUUGGGAAACUCACCCCUGUGCUGUUCCUCUCUUCCAGUCAGAGACAUCCACAGCCUGGUCAUCAGCUCUGUCUGCCACGCUCACGGAGGGGUAUACAAGAGUGUCAUCUCCAACAAGGUGGGCAAGGCCACCUGCUACGCCCAUCUAUAUGUGACUGGUGAGGAAUCCCAGAUGACUUUUUGCUAAUACUUACUUUAAGCCUAAAGGUAUAAUGCAUUAUGUUACAGUUAUAAUGCAUUGUAAGACUUGUCAUGUGCAUGUAUGGGCCUCAUACUGCCUAAAUACCAGCCAUGUUGAGUCAGUUGACAUUUGAUCAACUUUGUCAAGAUAGUCUGUUGCUGAAUCCCAAAUCAACCCCUAUAGCCCCUACCCCCAUGGCACUCCUGUAGAUCUGAAAGGAUCUGAUAGAUUUAAGCAACACAGCAAUUACAUAGGUUUGCCUCGACUGGGUGGAGUUUUUGCCAUUUGCGGCCACCUAGCCAAGGGUUUAUGGGCUAGAGGUCGAUUUGGGAUUCAGCAUACUUUGAUGCAUGCGCAAGAGGCUCAUUUUACCAUUCCCCAUUAACUUGAACUACAGUGUUGAUGGAAUAGGGGACCUGGGCUGCAGUCCAAAUUCAAAGUAGACAGCUCUCGGCCCUAAACCCUCAGCCCUUGAAUGACGUUUUACAUCGUCACAACCAAGUGUACCUUGCCCAACCGAGGGAGAGUGAUGAUCGGAGAAGCAACGUCUUUGGUGGAAAUCUUGAAAUUGAGCUUAAAAACAACCAACAUAAAGCUAUUAAUGUACCUAGAAAGCUAACGUAGCUAGCUAGCACUCCUGUCAGGUAGGCUAGCUAGUUUUAUAAUUUGGUAAUUUAUUCCCAAAAAUAUGUUUAUGAAGCGAGCUAUGUUUUAUAGGUCCUGACUAUGAGACUAAGCCAAUUUGCCAACGCUAAAAUCAAUGUCAUCUACACUACCGGUCAAAUGUUUUAGAACACCUACUCAUUCAAGGGUUUUUCUUUAUUUGAACUAUUUUCUACAUUGUAGAAUAAUAGUUAAGACAUCAACACUAUGAAAUAACACAUAUGGAAUCAUGUAGUAACCAAAAAAGUGUUAAACAAAUCAAAAUAUAUUUUAUAUUUGAGAUUCUUCAAAUAGCCACCCUUUGCCUUGAUGACAGCUUUGCACACUCUUGGCAUUCUCUCAACCAGCUUCAUGAGGUAGUCACCUGGAAUGCAUUUUAAUUAACAGGUGUGCCUUCUUAAAAGUUCAUUUGUAGAAUUUCUUUCCUUCUUCAUGCGUUUGAGCCAAUCAAUUGUGUUGUGACAAGAUAGGGGGGGGGUAUACAGAAGAUAGCCCUAUUUGGGAUCUUCUGUAUACCCCCCCCCCCCCCCCCCCCCCCCUACCUUGUCGAAUUGCUGAAAAGAAACCACUACUAAAGGACACCAAUAAUAAGAAGAGACUUGCUUGGGCCAAAUUGAAGAUUUUUGGUUACAACCGCCGUGUCUUUGUGAGACGCGGUGUGGGUGAACGGAUGAUCUCCGCAUGUGUAUUUCCCACCGUAAAGCAUGGAGAAGGAGGUGUUAUGGUGUGGGGGUGCAUUGCUGGUGACACUGUCUGUGAUUUAUUUAGAAUUCAGCAUGGCUACCACAGCAUUCUGCAGCGAUACGCCAUCCCAUCUGGUUUUGGCAUUCGUUUUUCAAAAGGACAAUGACCCAACACACCUCCAGGCUGUGUAAGGGCUAUUUUACCAAGAAGGAGAGUGAUGGAGUGUUGCAUCAGAUGACCUGGCCUCCACAAUCCCCUGACCGUAACUAAAUUGAGAUGGUUUGGGAUGAGUCGGACCGCAGAGUAAAGGAAAAGCAGCCAACAAGUGCUAAGCAUAUGUGGGAACUCCUUCAAGACUUUUGGAAAAGCAUUCCAGGUGAAGCUGGUUGAGAGAAUGCCAAGAGUGUGCAAAGAUGUCAUCAAGGCAAAGUGUGGAUAUUUGAAGAAUCUUGUCUGACAUGCCGAAAAUGCAGCCGUGUUGAUUAAUUACUUUGACAUUUCGCGGCCACCGGAGUAUGACACGUGACUGCAGUUUGCAUUGAUUUGUGGGUCAUAUCAACCCCUACAAGUGAUCAAAGUUCUUCACUCGCUCCCUCAAGCAAAAUCGAGGGCCGAGGGGCAACGUUAGUGUAUUGGACCUCCACUUAAAUGGCAAUCAAACUGCAUCCAUUUCCGACGGGAAUUCCCCCAAGGGAAAGUGGCUAGCGCGAGGGCUGAGGGGGUAAAAAUAAUAUGUUUGGACUGCAGCCUUUGUGUUUCUAACAAACGCGCAAAUCUAUUAUAAAAUGUAUAUCCUCCUACUCAAGAAGUUAGUCCUUUACUGUAGGGUAGGUGGUAAAGGGAUACUGUUUAUUUGAAUAGGAGGAUAUACAUUUUAUCAAAGAUUUGCAGGUUUGUUAGAAACUGUGUAUGAACACUUGUAGUGUUAAACACUUGUAAAAUUAAAUCAUAUAUUUGUUACUGUUUGGUUAUUUUCAGAUGUUCUUCCAGACCCUCCAGAUGGGCCCCCAGUAAUAGAGGCGGUUACUGGCAAGACUAUCACCCUGAGCUGGAAGAAACCCCGGAGGCUGGAUCCCUCUAUUGGUCAUUUUCAUUUCACUAGCAAUUCUAUAAUUCAACAUAAUGUGGACUGUGGAGCCAUGGUUCCCUGUAUUUCAAGAGUUAGCUGCUAGACAGUUGUAACAGCACCCAAUAAAAAAGAAAAAUGAAGUUAAGGAUUAUGUAUAUCUUUACAGAAUAUUGAGUACGAUGAGGCUGGAGGUAUCACAUCUAUAUCCGUAGUACAGGAAAACCAUCUAUACUGAAGUAAAAUAUAAAUGCAACAUGUAAAUUGUUGGUCCCAUGUUUUAUGAGCUGAAAUAAAAGAUCCCAGAAAUGUUCCAUACGCACAAAAAACGUAUUUCUCUCAAAUUUGGUAUACAAAUUUGUUUACAUCCCUGUUAGUGAGCAUUUCACCAUUGCCAAGAUAAUCCAUCCACCUGACAGGUGUGGGAUAUCAAGAACCUGAUUAAACAGCAUGAUCAUUACACAGGUGCAGCUUGUGCUGGGGACAAUAAAAGGCCACUAUAAAUGUGCAGUUUUGUCACACAACACAAUGCCACAGAUGCGUGCAAUUGGCAUGCUGACUGCAGGAAUGUCCACCAGAGCUGUUGCCAGAGUAUUUAAUGUUCAUUUCUCUACCAUAAGCCGCGUCCAAUUUCAUUUUCUGCACAAACUGUCAGAAACCAUCUCAGGGAAGCUCAUCUACAUGUUCGUCAUCCUGACCAGGGUCUUGAGCUGACUGCAGUUUGGCGUCGUAACCGACUUCAGUGGGCAAAGGCUAAUCUUCGAUGACCACUGGCACGCUGGAGAAGUGUGCUCUUCACAGAUUAAUCUGUACCGGGCAGAUGGCAGACGUGUGGGCGAGCGGGUUGAUGAUGUCAACAUUGUGAACAGAGUGCCCCAUGGUGGAGGUGGGGUUAUGGUAUGGGCAGGCAUAAGCACAAAUGCACUUUAUCGAUGGCAAUUUGAAUGCACUUUAGAUACCAUGACGAGAUCCUGAGGCCCAUUGUUGUGCCAUUCAUCCACCCUCAUCACCUCAUGUUUCAGCAUGGUAAUGCAUGGCCCCAUGUCGCAAGGAUCUGUACACAAUUCCUGGAAACUGAAAAUAUCCCAGUUCUUCCAUGGCCUGCAUACUCACCAGACAUAUCACCCAUUGAGCAUGUUUGGGAUGCUCUGGAUCAACGUGUACGACAGCGUGUUCCAGUUCCCGCCAAUAUCCAGCAACCUCAGACAGCCAUUGAAGAGGAGUGGGACAACAUUCCACCGGCCACAAUCAACUGUUGCCUGAUCAACUCUAUAAGAAGGAGAUGUGUCGCGCCGCAUGAGGCAAAUGGUGGUUCCAUCAGAUAUUGACUGGUAUCUGUGACCAACAGAUGCAUAUCUGUAUUCCCAGUCAUGUGAAAUCUAUAGAUUAGGGCCUAAUGAAUUUAUUUAAAUUGACUGAUUUCCUUAUAUGAACUGUAACUCAGUAAAUUUUUUGAAAUUGUUGCAUGUUGCAUUUAUAUUUUUGUUCAGUGUAGUACAUAUUCAAGUUAAUUCUGUUUGAAUGCCAUUCCAAAAGGUCAAAGUCAUGCUCUGUCUACAUGCAUUCACACAUAUCAAAAAUUUAUGUUUGCCAUUGCAGAUCCCAACACGUUGAUGUAUGCCAUCCAACAACAAGCGUUGGGCUCGAUCCAGUGGACCAUCAUAGUGUCCAGUCUGAAAGACCCUUGCUACACAGUGACCACCUGCUCCAAAGGAGUCUGCUAUGCAUUCAGGGUCUUGUCAGUCACCACCAAGGCCUUUAGCAAACCCUCUCCGUCCACAGACCCAGUGCAACUUGUCAACAGAGGUAUGAGCUGUCAAUUGAGAGCAAAAUGAAUUGAUGACUUGAUGCUUAUAUUAGUGGCUGCUGGCAAGGGCUGGUUUAAUACAAUCUAAGCAUGGAUUGCACUCUGUCCUUGUCCAAUGACUGCUGACAAGGCAUGGAACAAAUAUGUCGUUUUGAAAAUGUGAUGAACUAUCCCUUUAAAGAGAUUUCAUUUCUCCCAAGGUCCAUAUCUUCAGGAGGCUCCGGUGAUCAUUGAUAAGCCAGACAUAGUCUAUGUCCAGGAGAACCAGUCAAUCAGCAUCGCCAUCACUCUGAACCACGUCAAUGCUUCAGUUACCUGGAAGAGGCAAGUCAAGCACUGUAUCACUACAGCUGGUACACUAACAAUAAUGUAUUAACAUGGUCAUUUUAAGCAGAUGCUUAACAUUUUAAUAUACAAUUUAAAUCAUAUUUAGUAUACACUCAGUGUACAAACAUUACGUGCAACUGCUCUUUCCAUGACAUAGACUGACCAGGUGAAUCCAGGUGAAAGCUAUGAUCUCUUAUUGAUGUCACUUGUUAAAUCCACUUCAAUCAGUGUUGAUGAAGGUGAGGAGACAGGUUAAAGAAGGAUUUUUAAACCUUGAGACAAUUGAGAUAUGGACUGUUUAUGUGUGCCAAGAUUUAAGUGCCUUUGAACGGAGUAUGGUAGUAGGUGCCAGGUGCACCUGUGUGUGUAAAGAGCAGCAACGCUGCUGGGUUUUUCACACUCAACAGUUUCCCGUGUGUAUCAAGAAUGGUCCACCAUCCAAAGGACAUCCAGCCAACUUGACACAACUGUGGAAAGCAUUGGGGUCAACAUGUUACAGCAUCCUUGUGGAAUGCUUUCGACAACUUGUAGAGUCCAUUCCCGACAAAUUGAGGCUGUUCUGAGGGCAAAAGGGACGGGUGCAACUCAAUGUUAGGAAGGUGUCUGUCGUGGAAAUUCUACACAAGGGACAGUCGAAGUCAAUCUUAAAUUAAUAAUUGUUUAUUAACAGUUAACUGGAGAGGUUCCAACAAACUUGAUGUACCAUAGUACAUGUCUGUCAGGUGCUCUGUCGGGGCAGUCCCGUUAGAUCUCUUAUAUACAGUGAGGGAAAAAAGUAUUUGAUCCCCUGCUGAUUUUGUACGUUUGCCCACUGACAAAGACAUGAUCAGUCUAUAAUUUUAAUGGUAGGUUUAUUUGAACAGUGAGAGACAGAAUAACAACAACAAAAAUCAAGAAAAACGCAUGUCAAAAAUGUUAUCAAUUGAUUUGCAUUUUAAUGAGGGAAAUACAGGGAUGCUGUAACAUGUUGACCCCAAUGCUUUCCACAGUUGUGUCAAGUUGGCUGGAUGUCCUUUGGAUGGUGGACCAUUCUUGAUACACACGGGAAACUGUUGAGUGUGAAGAAUUGAGUGUGAUUUGUUACAACAGGUGUAGACCUUAGAGUGAAAUGCUUACUUACAAGCCCUUAACCAACAAUGCAGUUUUAAGAAAAAUAAGUGUUAAAUAAAAAAUAGGUAAGUGAAAAUAAAAAAAUAACAAAUAAUUAAAGAGCAUCAGUAAAAUAACAGUAGUGAGGCUGUAUACAGGGGGUACCGGUACAGAGUCAAUGUGCAGGGUCACAGGUUAGUCAAGGUAAUUGAGGUAAUAUGUACAUGUGGGUUGACUAUACAUAAUAAUAAUAAACAGAGAGUAGCAGCAGCGUAAAAAGACGGGGUGGGGGGGGGGACAAUACAAAUAGUCCAGGUAGCCAUUUGAUUAGCUGUUCAGGAGUGUUAUGGCUUGGGGGUAGAAGCUGUUAAGAAGCCUUUUGGACCUAGACUUGGCGCUCUGGUACCGCUUGCAGAGAGAACAGUCUAUGACUAGGGUGGCUGGAGUCUUUGGCAAUUUUUAGGGCCUUUUUCUGGCACUGCCUGGUAUAGACGUCCUGGAUGGCAGGAAGCUUGGCCCCAGUGAUGUACUGGACCGUACGCAUUACCCUCUGUAGUGCCUUGCGGACGGAGGCCAAGCAGUUGCCAUACCAGGUGGUGAUGCAACAGUCAGGAUGCUCUCGGUGUUGCAGCUGUAGAACUUUUUGAGGAUUUGAUGACCAUGCCAAAUCUUUUCAGUCUUCUGAGGGGGAAUAGGCUUUGUAGAGCCCUCUUCACGGCUGUCUUGGUGUGAUUGUACCAUGAUAGUUUUUUGGUGAUGUGGACACCAAGGAACUUGAAGCUCUCAACCUGCUCCACUACAGCCCGUCGAUGAGAAUGGGGGCGUGCUCGGUCCUCCUUUUCCUGUAGUCCACAAUCAUCUCCUUUGUCUUGGUCACGUUGAGGGAGAGGUUGUUGUCCUGGCACCACACGGCCAGGUCUCUGACCUCCUCCCUAUAGGCUGUCUAAUCGUUGUCGGUGAUCAGGCCUACCACUGUUGUGUUGUCGGCAAACUCAAUGAUGGUGUUUGAGUCGUGCUUGGCCAUGCCGUCAUGGGUGAACAGGGAGUACAGGAGGGGAUUGAGCACACACCCCUGAGGGGCCCCUGUGUUGAGGAUCAGCGUGGCAGAUGUGUUGUUACCUACCCUUACCACCAGGGGGCGGCCCGUCAGGAAGUCCAGGAUCCAGUUGCAGAGGGAGGUGUUUAGUCCCAGGGUCCUUAGCUUAGUGAUGAGCUUUGAGGGUACUAUGGUGUUGAACGCUGAGCUGUAGUCAAUGAAUAGCAUUCUCACGUAGGUGUUCCUUUUUUCCAGGUGGGAAAGAGCAGUGUGGAGUGCAAUAGAGAUUGCAUCAUCUGUGGAUCUGUUGGGGCGGUAUGCAAAUUGGAGUGGGUCUAGGGUUUCUGGAUAAUGGUGUUGAUAUGAGCCAUGACCAGCCUUUCAAAGCACUUCAUGGCUACAGACGUGAGUGCUACGGGUUAGUAGUCAUUUAGGCAGGUUACCUUAGUGUUCUUGGGCACAGAGAUUAUGGUGGUCUGCUUAAAACAUGUUGGUAUUACAGACUCAGUCAGGGACAGGUUGAAAAUGUCAGUGAAGACACUUGCCAGUUGGUCAGCGCAUGCUCGGAGUACACGUCCUGGUAAUCCGUCUGGCCCUGCGUCCUUGUGAAUGUUGACCUGUUUAAAGGUCUUACUCACAUCGGCUACGGAGAGCAUGAUCACACAGUCGUCCGGAAAAGCUGAUGCUCUCAUGCAUGCUUCAGUGUUGCUUGCCUCGAAGCGAAGCGAGCAUAUAAGUCAUUUAGCUCGUCUGGUAGGCUAGUGUCACUGGGCAGCUCGUGGCUGUGGCGGACAAAAGGGGAAAAAACCCACCAAAAAACAAACAAACAAUCAAAAAAAAAAACCCCAAAAAAAAAAAAACACACCCCACCACACCAAAACCCAACCCAACACCACCACCACCCACCACACCCCACCCCACCCCCCCAUAACCCCCCCCCCCCCCCCCCCCCCCCCCCCCCCCCCCCCCCCCCACACUUAUACUCCCCUAUCAUCUCGCCGAUCUUACCGCAGAGUUACAUGGUCAGGGAGUCAGAGGGCUAAUCCCGACACCCAGCAGACCCAAUCUGGUGAGAUUUGUAUUGAAGCAAGACAAAAAUAAAACACACAAAACAACAACAGCAAUACACUUCUUCAUAUAGCACUCGAGGUGGGGAAAACUUCAAUCCAUUUGGAGUAACUGUCAACCAUUACCAACAUAUCUUUUUUCCUUUUAGAGGCAGGCAUGUGAAGAAAAUCAAGUUGCAUAUUUACUCAAGGGCCCCAGGGGACUGGUAAUUCCCCCUUUGGACAAAUUAUUCACAUUGUGAUUCAUGCAUCCAAAAAAAAAAACAACACUGCCUGUUAAAUCAAAAUAUCAAAUACAAUUUGAAUGACAAUCCUUGAUGACUCCAUCUUAACUUAAUUUUAUUCCAUAAGGUAUUUCAAGGAGUAGUAAAAUAGACAGAGACAGGUGUCCCUCAUUCAGGGGCAGCGCUCUCUCUCUGUCCUUCUCGUGGUCCGAAUCACACAUAGAACUAUUGCUAAAUUAUAAACGUCUUCCUAAUUAUUAGUGUUUACAUAGCCCAUUUAAAUCUCACCCAAUGUCUCUAGUCUUUCUAGUGAGGGUGAUCAGGCCUCACCAGAAAGUCAUAAGAGGUCAGAGGUCAUUCAACCCCAUUAAGUGAGUGUUUCUUUCCCUGUACCUCAGAUAUUAUUUAAAGAUAUUUCAAACAUUUUGUGUAUCAGGUUUACAUUGGGUUUUUCAGUACAUUUCUUAUCAAGAGAAUUUACAUGUGUGCAACCAAAACUCUGACAAGAUACUUUAGAAAUUUUCAUUUGUGUGCCCUUUAAGGUGCAUCCUUUCUAACCCGUGAAAAACCCACUAAAACCAAAAUAAAAAGACCCCACACAAUAAAUCAGUAUUACCCCACCCCUAACAAAUAUUAAUUUGGUAAAAACAAACAAAAUGGCCAGGCCUUACUUAAUUUGGGAGCUCCCUUAACAACCGGAUCCGGGUACCUUUAUACUGUAUAGUACACAGUCUCAAUAACUGCUCUCCUAAGGCACCUGCCUCAGGAAGCCUUUCAAAGGCAGAGAUACAGAAUCACUGAUAAACAUGUCCAAAAAAAACUUGGUAGCGGACAUUCCAUCAGUUCUGUGAGAAAGAAAAUAAACAUAUACUUAAUUGGGUUUACUGCUUCUUGGGAAGAAAGUCUUGAUAAAACCAUGCGUAUACAUAAUUAUACAUUUACAUUACAUUUUAGUCAUUUAGCAGACGCUCUUAUCCAGAGCGACUUACAGGAGCAAUUAGGGUUAAGUGCCUUGCUCAAGGGCACAUUUACGUCAUUUAGCAGACGCUCUUAUCCAGAGCGACUACAAAUUGGUGCAUUCACCCUAUAGCCAGUGGGAUAACCACUUUACAAUUAUUAUUAUUUAUUUAUUUAUUUUAUUUGUUUAUUUAUUUUAUUAUUAUUAUUUUUUUUUUUGGGGGGGGGGGUAGAAGGAUUACUUUAUCCUAUCCCAGGUGUUCCUUAAAGAGGUGGGGUUUCAAAUGUCUCCGGAAGGUGGUGAGUGACUCCGCUGUCCUGGCGUCGUGAGGGAGCUUGUUCCACCAUUGGGGUGCCAGAGCAGCGAACAGUUUUGACUGGGCUGAGCGGGAACCAUGCUUCAGACACAUCAGAUGAUAAGAUGUCCCAUAAAGCUGAAUAGGCACCUUCUAAAGUAAACAAUACCAGACCCCUCUCUUGUAAUCUUAUUAUUUUUGACCUGUUGCAUUGACAUACAGUUCUGCACUAACUGUCCCUGGGACAAAAACUAGUCAAAAUAUGAAACCUGUUGUUUAACAAAUCUGCUAGGACCUUCAAAAGUUGGUGCUGGCUUAUCAGCUCAAUAUUCGUACUAAAAACAUUUACUCUAAUCUACUUAAAUCCUGGACACAGUUCCAUGUAAUGGAAACAGAUUAUUGUUUUAGAUGACAUUACCUUCUUACUUAAAUCACUGGUGCUACCCAAACUAUAGAAUUUAGUAAUAAUAAUUGGAAAUAGUCAAAAACGUCUCUUAUUCAAUUAUUCAUACCUCGGACCCAAAUUUCCCACUAUGUCCGUUACAGCCUGUUUGAGUUUAGUAAGUACUGGCGGCUAUCUAUUGUUCCACAGGAAACUUAUCUCUAACGCAAACACCAGAUGGCGGCCUCUAAUUUAAUAUCAGUCCCAAUGCUCAAUCCCUUUGUUCAUCAUGUGACCUUGUAUUGAAACAUUUACUUCUUCAAAUUACUAAGAUAUUGCAUUAUUAGAAUGCUAUCUGAAAGCCACUAAUAUUACCAUUCACUGUGUUACUUUCACUAGUCUCCAUAUCUGUUUCCCUCAAAUAGGACUCCCUUCUUCCCAAUAGGAAGACCUUCUCAAUCUCUACUGCUAAUACACUCGGAUCACUCUCAAACAAUAUUCUGCUCUUCCACCUAUUGCAAGGUUUAAAAAUAAACAAAACAAAUAUGAUAACUUUCUCCAUAUUGGAAGGCAUUGUUUUAAUUUUAGUCUACCCUAACAAUGUUACCUCUUAAUAUAUAUUACCAAUUUCUGUUGGAUAUUCCGUUUCUGCUUCACACUUAUUAAAUGUAUAUUAUUUUAAGAUGAACAUGUAAUGCGCUGAAUUUAUAAAAUACAUCAGCCAAUUCAGAAGGGAAGAGAUAAACUUUGGAGGGAACUUCCUUUUUUAAGGUAGCUAUGGAGACUAUAGUCUCUUUCUGGGAUCAACUUUCACAAUAACUGGGCUGGCACUGUCUAUCAGUCCCCUAUAGAUGGAGUGCUCUGUCCAUAAUAAGUCUCUACCUAGCAAGUUAAACUCUAGUAACCCAUUAUACAUACUUAAUACUUGUAUUUUUCUCCCCAAUUUUUUCGAUCUUGUCAAAUGGCUACACCUCCCCAACGGGCUCGGGAGAGGCGAAGGUGGAGUCAUGCGUCCUCCGAAACAUGACCCGCCUAACCACGCUCCUUAACACGACCCGCCUAACCGCGCUCCUUAACACACGCCAGCUUAACCCAGAAGCCAGCCGCAUCAAUGUGUCGGAGUAAACACCGUUUAACUGGUGAGCGGAGUCAGCCUGCAGGCACCCGGCCCGCCACAAGGAGUCACUAGAGCGCGAUGAGCCAAGUAAAGCCCCACCGACCAAACCCUCCCCUAACCGGACGACGCUGGGCCUAUUGUGCGCCAUCCUAUGGGACUCCCGGCCAUGGCCGGUUGUGGCAUAGCCCGUGACUGAACCUGAGUCUGUAGUAAUGGCUCUAGCACUGUGAUGCAGUGCCUUAGACUGCUGCACCACUCGGGAGGCCCUACUUAAUACUUUUUACACCACUUAUGUACGUCUACGUGUGGGUGUGCAAGUUGUAUAUUAUUCUUCAACGAUUCUAAAUGCCUACAAUAACAAUAACUUGUGCUAUUAUCAGUGGUUCAGACCACGUAUACUUUUCUAUCGUUACAUCCUAUGCACCAUAUGUAUCUUCAACGGUUCUCUUGCCGCUACUUCCUAUACAUAUAAAACACCUGUGCUCAAUAACACUUGUGCUAGUAGUCUCAGACUACGAUGGGCAGUGGUGGACGGAACCCCUAGAUAACAGAACCGUAGAUAACGUUAUAGAUCAAAAAACUCAGCUCACACAGAACUGGAAAACUCAGCUCACACAGAACUGGUUGGGGUAUUCAUUCAGACCUCUUUCACACCGGAGCUAGUCCUCUGACAGCUCUCAUUCACUCAGGACUUAAUAGCAAAAUUUCAAUCCUCUUAUUAUCCAAAUUUCAAUCAGUUUAUAAUCCACAUUUCAAUCUUUCUUGUUAUCCAACUUUCAAUCAGCUUAUUAUCCAAAUUUCAAUCAGCUUAGCACGUCCUUUCCACAUUCACACAACUUUCACAUCCACAUUCACUUAGUACUAUUCCCAAACACACUCGAUAAUCUCCCUUAUUACCCAUGUGCAUCUAUGCAUCUUUCACAUACAUGUAUAAUAACACCACGUGCUAUUAGUAGUGGCUGCAGACCACAUAAACACUUCUCUUAUAAAUGCCUAUAGACAGCUGUCGGCGGGGCUGUCCAUGGUACCGUUACGCACUCACUCCAGUCUUCUCAUAAGAAUAGUGAAUAGCCUUCUUUCUAUAAGACUAUGGGUACCUUUUUAUGCGUAACUCGUCUUAAUUUGAUUGGUUUGAUCAUUUAUUUAUAUUUUUAUACAAAUUCAUUUAAAUUGACUUACUGAAAUUCAGAAGACAUGUCCCUCUUUUGUUCGCGGAUGAUGUCUCCUCCUGGGCAGCUCAUAGUAAGGGUCUGGGCGUGACUCGUCCUCUUUUUGUCAGACGGGAAUUUCCCUCACGCUUCCAUGCGCCACAGGUUUUCCUCGCAGACCCUCACUGGAAUGCUCCGCAGGCAGAAUCAGUUAUCCUGUUUGUUGACGCCAAAUUGUUGUGGAAAUUCUACACAUGGGACACUCGAAGUCAAUCUGAAAUGAAUCAUUGUUUAUUAACAGUUAACUGGAGAGGUUCCAACAAACUUGAUACACCAUAGUACACGUCUGUCAGGAGCUCUGUCGGGGCAGUCCUGUUAGAUCUCUGAUAUACUUACACAGACAAGUUGUAUUUGCGUGAUUUAGCUUAUUCAUCAUUGAUAAUUAAUUAAUCAUUAACUUUUUGGUUCAUGCAUGUGACCGACCGAUACCUCACGAGGAUUCUUCUCUCCAAGCUGAGAUCUUGAAACUGAGGUAUCCUUUUGUUCUCAAGACAAGGUUCUGGGCGUACUGCCAAAUAGCAGAUACUGAUAGUGAGGAUUCGUUCAAUCAGUCACUUGCAUGAACAUAGAUAUUGGUUAUUAGAAAAGCACAAACAUAAAAUGUUCCAUCACAUGUCCUUAAUGUUUUGUACACUCAGUGUAUGUGGCCCAUGUCGGAAUCAAACCCAUAACCUUGAUAUUGCCAGCACCCAACACCACGACAAUGGGAUAUGUAAGAUGUCUUAUUGUUCUCUGUGAUUAGGAGUGGAGUGGUCCUUGCCAUCAAACCUGGGCUGUAUGAGAUGAGUAUGCCUGAUGACGACCAACACUCUCUGAAGAUCCUGAGGGUGAAGAGUGGUGAUGUGGGUCAACUGAUGUGUGUUGCCUCCAACAAGUUUGGCAUCGACUCCUGCAUCUUUAGUGUGGAAAUGGCAGGUGAGUGUAAUAAUGACGGAUUAUGAUAAUGGAUUGGAUUUACAGUAUGUACACUACCAGUCAAAAGUUUGGACACACCAACUCAUUCAAGGGUUUUUCUUUAUUUUUUACUAUUUUCUACAUUAUAGAAUAAUAGUGAAGACAUCAAAACUAUGAAAUAACACAUAGGGAAUCAUGUCGUAACCAAAAAAGUGUUAAACAAAUCAAAAUCAAAUUUAUAUUUGAGAUUCUUCAAAUAUCCACCCUUUGCCUUGAUGACAGCUUUGCACACUCUUGGCAUUCUCUCAACCAGCUUCAUGAGGUAGUCACCUGGAAUGCAUUUCAAUUAACAGGUGUGCCUUCUUAAAAGUUAAUGUGUGGAAUUUCUUUCCUCCUUAAUACGUUUCAGCCAAUCAGUUGUGUUGUGACAAGGUAGUGGGUUAUACAGAAAAUAGCCCUAUUUGGUAAAAGACCAAGUCCAAAUUAUGGCAAGAACAGCUCAAAUAAGCAAAGAGAAACGACAGUCCAUCAUUACUUUAAGACAUGAAGGUCAGUCAAUACGGAACAUUUCAAGAACUUUGAACGUUUCUUCAAGUGCAGUCGCAAAAACCAUCAAGCGCUAUGAUGAAACUGGCUCUCAUGAGGACCGCCACAGGAAUGGAAGACCCAGAGUUACCUCUGCUGCAGAGGCUAAGUUCAUUAGAGUUACCAGCCUCAGAAAUUGAAGCCCAAAUAAAUACGUCACAGAGUUCAAGUAACAGACACAUCUCAACACCCACUGUUCGGAGUGGACUGUGUGAAUCAGGCCUUAAUGGUCGAAUUGCUGAAAAGAAACCACUACUAAAGGACACCAAUAAGAAGGAGACGUGAUUGGGCCAAGAAACACGAGCAAUAGACAUUAGACCGGUGGAAAUGUGUCCUUUGGUCUGGAGUCCAAAUGUGAGAUUUUUGGUUCAAACCGCCCUGUCUUUGUGAGACGCGGUGUGGGUGAACGGAUGAUCUCUGCAUGUGUAGUUCCCACCGUAAAGCAUGGCGGAGGAGGUGUUAUGGUGUGGGAGGGCGUUGCUGGUGACACUGUCUCUGAUUUAUAUAGAAAUCAAGGCACACUUAACCAGCAUGGCUACCUCAGCAUUAUGCAGCGAUACGCCAUCCCAUCUGGUUUGGGCUUAGUGGGACUAUCAUUUGUUUUUUAACAGGGCAAUGACCCAACACACCUCCAGGCUGUGUAAGGGCUAUUUUACCAAGAAGGAGAGUGAUGGAGUGCUGCAUCAGAUGACCUGGCCUCCACAAUCCCUGACCUCAACCCAAUUGAGAUGGUUUGGGAUGAGUCGGACUGCAGAGUGAAGGAAAAGCAGCCAACAAUUGCUCAGCAUAUGUGGGAACUCCUUCAAUACUGUUGGAAAAGCAUUCCAGGGGAAGCUGGUUGAGAGAAUGCCAAGAGUGUGCAAAGCUGUCAUCAAGGCAAAGGGUGGCUGUUUGAAGAAUCUCAAAUAUAAAUUUGAUUUUGAUUUGUUUAACACUUUUUUGGUUACUACAUGAGUCCAUGUGUUAUUUAAUAGUUUUGAUGUCUUCAAUGUUAUUCUACAAUGUAAAAAAAAUUGUGAAAAUAAAGAAAAACCAAUGAAUGAGUAGGUGUGUCCAAACUUUUGACUGGUACUGUAUAUACAGUAUAUCUCUUUACUGCUGCUCAAAGUGCUUUGCAUUGUUUGGGAGAGGAAACACUUCUCAGCCACUACAGUAAUGGCUAUUAAGAAGUUAGCUACUUUUCAAAAUGCCUUGCUACAUGCAGCAAGGUACAUCGUCAGGAAAUUUUGUCUGCUUCAUGUUUUGUUUCCUUGCCCUGAUACUUUGAGUAUCGAGAUACUGAGUAUUGUGAGAACAGUAUCUAAAACAUUUUCAUGUUUCCUCUCUGUAGCACCACCAACCUUUGAGUCCAUCAUGGAGGAUGUGGAUGUACACAUGGGGGAGACGCCUCGCUUGGCUGUGGUUGUGGAGGGCAAGCCCAUUCCCGACAUCCUGUGGUUUAAGGUGCAUACAUGGUUACACAUAUAUAUUUGAGUGUGUAUAUCAUUGUAACCCUUUAUGAAGUUGCACACUCAUGCCAUAUACAGUACCAGUCAAACGUUUGGACACACCUACUCAUUCAAGUGUUUUUCUUUAUUUUUACUAUUUUCUACAUUGUAGAAUAUAAGUGAAGACAUCAAAACUAUGAAAUAGCACAUAUGGAAUCAUGUAGUAACCAAAAAAGUGUUAAACAAAUCAAAAUAUAUUUUAUAUUUGAGAUUCUUCAAAUAGCCACCCUUUGCCUUGAUGACAGCUUUGCACACUCUUGGCAUUCUCUCAAACAGCUUCACCUGGAAUGCUUUUUCAACAGUAUUGAAGGAGUUCCCACAUAUGCUGAGCACUUGUUGGCUGCUUUUCCUUCACUCCGCCGUCCGACUCAUCCCAAACCAUCUCAAUUGGGUGGUCAGGGGAUUGUGGAGACCAGGUCAUCUGAUGCAGCACUCCAUCACUCUCCUUCUUGGUAAAAUAGUCCUUACACAGCCUGGAGGAGUGUUGGGUCAUUGUCCUGUUGAAAAACAAAUGAUAGUCUCACUAAGGCCAAACCAGUUGGGAUGGCGUAUCUCUGCAGAAUGCUGUGGUAGCCAUGCUGGUUAAGUGUGCCUUGAAUUCUAAAUAAAUCACUGACAUUGUCACGAGCAAAGCACCCCACACCAUAACACCUCCCCUUCAAUGCUUUACUGUGGGAACUACACAUGCAGAGAUCAUCCGUUCACCCACACCGCGUCUCACAAAGACACAGCGGUUGGAACCAAACAUAUCCAAUUCGGACUCCAGACCAAAGGACAAAUGUAAUGUCCAUUGCUCGUGUUUCUUGGCCCAAGCAGGUCUCUUUGUCUUAUUGGUAUCCUUUAGCAGUGGUUUCUUUGCAGCAAUUCGACCCUUAUUGCCUGAUUUACACAGUCCCCUCUGAACAGUUGAUGUUGAGAUGUGUCUGUUACUUGAACUCUGUUAAUCAUUUAUUUGGGCUAAUUUCUUGAAAUGUUCCGUAUUGACUGACCUUCAUGUCUUAAAGUAAUGAUGGACUGUUGUUUCUCUUUGCUUAUUUGAGUUGGUCUUGCCAUAAUAUGGACUUGUUUUUUUACCAAAUAGGGCUAUGUUCUGUAUACCCCCCCUACCUUGUCACAACACAACUGAUUGGCUCAAACGCAUUAAGAAGGAAAUACAUUCCACAAAUUAACUUUUAAGAAGGCACACUUGUUAAUUGAAAUGAAUUCCAGGUGACUACCUCAUGAAGCUGGUUGAGAGAAUGCCAAGAGUGUGCAAAGCUGUCAUCAAGGCAAAGGGUGGCUAUUUGAAGAAUCUCAAAUAUAAAAUAUAUUUUGAUUUGUUUAACACUUCUUUGGUUACUAAAUGAUUCCAUAUGUGUUAUUUCAUAGUUUUGAUGUCUUCACUAUUAUUCUACAAUGUAAAAAAUAGUAAAAAUAAAGUAAAACCCUUGAAUGAGUAGGUGUGUCCAACCUUUUGAUUGGUAGUGUAUGUACUCUAUAGCUAACUAGUUUGAUAACCAGAAUGUAGCUACUCCGCUGAUAACUGCUGAGAAGGUACAUAAACAAUGACUUGUAGUGACAGGACACUCUCCAAAUUAUGUUUCAAAUUAGUUUAUAAUAUAGUGGUCCCACUUAAAAUUAAUUGCAGCUUAUAAAGGCUUCAUAAAGCUUACAUAAAGCCUUCAUAAACACUACAUAAAUGUGUCACAAAUCAUCUAUGACUGUAUGUCAUGCUUAAUAAAGAGUUAAUAGAUGUGGCAUAACUGUGUGACAUUAUUACCAAUGUCAAAUGUGACAUAACCCACUAUGUCGUAUAUGACAUAAACCUUUGCUUCUUAAAGGGUGACAUAAGCACAGCAUACUAAAGGCUUUAUAAAUCAUAUUAAAUUGAGGCAUCACAAAACAUCUAUAACCUUGUCAUACACCCUGCCGAAAGAUCAGCUACAGAAUGUUGGCACCAUUGUAACAGGUUGUAAUCAAGCCCUGGUCUCCAGCAUGGGAACAGAAUACCUGGUGGCUAGGUAGUCUCAGGUAGGACUACUCCAUAUCACACAAACACAAGCUUUGCAGGUCCAUCAACCCAUCUAAAUUCCCCUCACACCCUACAGUAACCUGUGGAUCAUGAGAUAAUUGGCAGAGUGUUUAUAAUCUACUUCUUGACACUUAAUGUACUGUCCUGUAAUACUUCAUUUGAAGUGAGACACCUUUGGUUAUUCAUAACACAUCCAUAAAGACUAUAUAUCACUUGACACUGUACCCUCCCUAUUCCUGACACAAGGGAUGUAAAAUAAAAAUGUAAACAAUACAAAUACACUAAGUGUCAAAAGGUCCAGCAAUCAAAUCAAAUCAAAUUGUAUUUGUCACAUGCGCCGAAUACAACCUUACAGUGAAAUUCUUACUUACAAGCCCUUAACCAACAAUGGAGUUUUAAGACAAAUAAGUGUUAAGUAAAAAAUAGAUACGUAAAAAUAAAAAAAGAAGAGAAAUAGAAAAGUAACAAAUAAUUAAAGAGCAGCAGUAAAAUAACAGUAGCGAGGCUAUAUACAGGGGGUACCGGUACAGAGUCAAUGUGUGGGGGCACAGGUUAGUCGAGGUAAUUUAGGUAAUAUGUACAUUAGGGUAGAGGUAAAGUGACUAUGCAUAGAUAAUAAACAGAGAGUAGCAGCAGCGUAAAAAUAGGGGUGGGGGGAGGGACAAUGCAAAUAGUCUGGGUAGCCAUUUGAUUAGCUGUUCAGGAGUCUUAUGGCUUGGGGUAGAAACUGUUAAGAAGCCUUUUGGACCUAGACUUGGCGCUCCGGUACCGCUUGCCGUGCGGUAGCAGAGAGAACAGUCUAUGACUAGGGUGGCUGGAGUCUUUGACAAUUGUGAGGGCCUUCCUCUGAUACUGCCUGGUAUAGAGGUCCUGGAUGGCAGGAAGCUUGGCCCCAGUGAUGUACUGGGCUGUACGCAUUACCCUCUGUAGUGCCUUGCUGUCAGAGGCCGAGCAGUUGCCAUACCAGGCGGUGAUGCAACCAGUCCGGAUGCUCUCGAUGGUGCAGCUGUAGAACUUUUUGAGGAUCUGGGGACCCAUGCCAAAUCUUUUCAGUCUCCUGAGGGGGAAUAGGCAUUGUCGUGCCCUCUUCACGACUGUCUUGGUGUGUUUGGACCAUGAUAGUUUGUUGGUGAUGUGGACACCAAGGAACUUGAAGCUGUCAACCUGCUCCACUACAGCCCUGUUGAUGAGAAUGGGGGCAUGCUUGGUCCUCCAUGCAGUCAUGGGUGAACAGGGAGUACAGGAGGGAACUGAGCACGCACCCCUGAGGGGCCCCCAUGUUGAGGAUCAGCGUGGCAGAUGUGCAAUGCAAUUACACUGAACAUUACACAGGGCUGGGAGGAGUGUAGCUUGUCCCCGAGCUGGCGGAUUAAUGGUUCCUGCCUCUGCCUGCUGGAGGUACUGCAUGUUGGUUUCAACCUUGAAAGUAACAACAAAGAAAGUUUAGCAGAUCUGUUAGAAAUGCCUUUGUCGCAUCAUCUGGAUAAGGGCAUUUCUGUGCUGCACUGAGAGGACAGAUGGACUGUAUUGUAUAAAUGGUCCUACUACGUGUUUUUAUUUAGCCUGUAUACUUACAGGUUGUAUAUAUUAGGGGUGAAUCAUUUCCCCAUUCAUUCUGUAUGAUGAUGGAGGCAGGAUGGCAGGAACCACCUUCAGGGCCACAUCGCCAAAUGGGUCUAUGGGGGAAAACAACAUCUCAAAUAAAUCUCAAAUGAUUGAUGUGAUCAGUUAAAUACACUGCUCAAAAAAAUAAAGGGAACACUAAAAUAACACAUCCUAGAUCUGAAUGAAUGAAAUAAUCUUAUUAAAUACUUUUUUCUUUACAUAGUUGAAUGUGCUGACAACAAAAUCACACAAAAAUUAUCAAUGGAAAUCAAAUGUAUCAACCCAUGGAGGUCUGGAUUUGGAGUCACCCUCAAAAUUAAAGUGGAAAACCACACUACAGGCUGAUCCAACUUUGAUGUAAUGUCCUUAAAACUAGUCAAAAUGAGGCUCAGUAGUGUGUGUAGCCUCCACGUGCCUGUAUGACCUCCCUACAACGCCUGGGCAUGCUCCUGAUGAGGUGGCGGAUGGUCUCCUGAGGGAUCUCCUCCCAGACCUGGACUAAAGCAUCCACCAACUCCUGGACAGUCUGUGGUGCAACGUGGCGUUGGUGGAUGGAGUGAGACAUGAUGUCCCAGAUGUGCUCAAUUGGAUUCAGGUCUGGGGAACGGGCGGGCCAGUCCAUAGCAUCAAUGCCUUCCUCUUGCAGGAACUGCUGACACACUCCAGCCACAUGAGGUCUAGCAUUGACUUGCAUUAGGAGGAACCCAGGGCCAACCACACCAGCAUAUGGUCUCACAAGGGGUCUGAGGAUCUCAUCUCGGUACCUAAUGGUAGUCAGGCUACCUCUGGCGAGCACAUGGAGGGCUGUGCGGCUCCCCAAAGAAAUGCCACCCCACACCAUGACUGACCCACCGCCAAACCGGUCAUGCUGGAGGAUGUUGCAGGCAGCAGAACGUUCUCCACGGCGUCUCCAGACUCUGUCACGUCUGACACAUGUGCUCAGUGUGAACCUGCUUUCAUCUGUGAAGAGCACAGGGCGCCAGUGGCGAAUUUGCCAAUCUUGGUGUUCUCUGGCAAAUGCCAAACGUCCUGCACGGUGCUGGGCUGUAAGCACAACCCCCACCUGUGGACGUCGGGCCCUCAUACCACCCUCAUGGAGUCUGUUUCUGACCGUUUGAGCAGACACAUGCACAUUUGUGGCCUGCUGGAGGUCAUUUUGCAGGGCUCUGGCAGUGCUCCUCCAGCUCCUCCUUGCACAAAGGCGGAGGUAGCGGUCCUGCUGCUGGGUUGUUGCCCUCCUACGGCCUCCUCCACGUCUCCUGAUGUACUGGCCUGUCUCCUGGUAGCGCCUCCAUGCUCUGGACACUACGCUGACAGACACAGCAAACCUUCUUGCCACAGCUCGCAUUGAUGUGCCAUCCUGGAUGAGCUGCACUACCUGAGCCACUAGUGUGGGUUGUAGACUCCGUCUCAUGCUACCACUAGAGUGAAAGCACCGCCAGCAUUCAAAAGUGACCAAAACAUCAGCCAGGAAGCAUAGGAACUGAGAAGUGGUCUGUGGUCACCACCUGCAAAACCAGUCCUUUAUUGGGGGUGUCUUGCUAAUUGCCUAUAAUUUCCACCUGUUGUCUAUUCCAUUUGCACAACAGCAUGUGAAAUUUAUUGUCAAUCAGUGUUGCUUCCUAAGUGGACAGUUUGAUUUCACAGAAGUGUGAUUGACUUGGAGUUACAUUGUGUUGUUUAAGUGUUCCCUUUAUUUUUUUGAGCAGGGCAAUAAUAUGUUGAAUUCCAUAAUAAACAAAUAAAGUAUGAUGUCAAAAGCAUCAUUAUGAUAGGCUUAGUAUAUCUUUCAUAUUAUCUUACCGUUAGAAGGGUUUCAGCAUCUUCUGCGAGGUCACUUGCCCUCUCCUUCUCCUAUGGAAGACAACAACUUACGUCCGAUGCCACUCUGUCACUCAUAGCCCGUCACAGGUCACUCCUGCAUUUGAAGAAACAUAAAAGAUAGAUAUUUUUAAACAAUGUCCAAGAAUGAAUAGAUGGAUGCUCAAACCAUACAUUUUAUUAAAAGUCUUAAAUGAAAGGUCUCUGUCUGUCCUAACCUGUCAGCGAUGUCGGCAGUUAGUGCAGCAGUCUGGGGAUGAAGUUGUUGAGGAAUGGGAUGAGGUAGAGGAGGAGGGCAUCUCAAGCAUAUGGGUUUGUGGGGACAGUUUGGGUCUCAGUGCCUUCCUUGGCUACCUGGAGAUUUUAGUAAAAGAGAUAAGAGUCAAGGCAACACAAGAACCAAUGCAAUAACAACCAAUGCAAAGCAAUUCAUAUGCUGCAUCUCAAUGCAAUAAAAACAAAUGGAAUGCAAUUCAUACAUUUCAUUUAUGAGAUUACAAAACAAAUAGACCUAGCUAGCUAGCUAACUGUUUUCUGAGCUAGACUCACCUUCAAUAUCUUUAUCAGGAUUUUCUACUCUGUUGUCCUGCACAAACAGUGUCUGUAACAAUACAAAAGUAAAUAUUAUAGAGACAGCUUAGGCCUUUUUCAUUUACAAAUCUCAUUACAUGAGUGUGGCUAUGAGAUAUACAGUGGGGAAAAAAAGUAUUUAGUCAGCCACCAAUUGUGCAAGUUCUCCCACUUAAAAAGAUGAGAGCGGCCUGUAAAUUUCAUCAUAGGUACACGUCAACUAUGACAGACAAAUUGAGAAAAAAAUAUCCAGAAAAUCACAUUGUAGGAUUUUUAAUGAAUUUAUUUGCAAAUUAUGGUGGAAAAUAAGUAUUUGGUCACCUACAAACAAGCAAGAUUUCUGGCUCUCACAGACCUGUAACUUCUUCUUUAAGAGGCUCCUCUGUCCUCCACUCGUUACCUGUAUUAAUGGCACCUGUUUGAACUUGUUAUCAGUAUAAAAGACACCUGUCCACAACCUCAAACAGUCACACUCCAAACUCCACUAUGGCCAAGACCAAAGAGCUGUCAAAGGACACCAGAAACAAAAUUGUAGACCUGCACCAGGCUGGGAAGACUGAAUCUGCAAUAGGUAAGCAGCUUGGUUUGAAGAAAUCAACUGUGGGAGCAAUUAUUAGGAAAUGGAGGACAUACAAGACCACUGAUAAUCUCCCUCGAUCUGGGGCUCCACGCAAGAUCUCACCCCGUGGGGUCAAAAUGAUCACAAGAACGGUGAGCAAAAAUCCCAGAACCACAUGGGGGGACCUAGUGAAUGACCUGCAGAGAGCUGGGACCAAAGUAACAAAGCCUACCAUCAGUAACACACUACGCCGCCAGGGACUCAAAUCCUGCAGUGCCAGACGUGUCUCCCUGCUUAAGCCAGUACAUGUCCAGGCCCGUCUGAAGUUUGCUAGAGUGCAUUUGGAUGAUCCAGAAGAGGAUUGGGAGAAUGUCAUAUGGUCAGAUGAAACCAAAAUAGAACGUUUUGGUAAAAACUCAACUCGUCGUGUUUGGAGGACAAAGAAUGCUGAGUUGCAUCCAAAGAACACCAUACCUACUGUGAAGCAUAGGGGUGGAAACAUCAUGCUUUGGGGCAUUUUUUCUGCAAAGGGACCAGGAUGACUGAUCCGUGUAAAGGAAAGAAUGAAUGGGGCCAUGUAUCGUGAGAUUUUGAGUGAAAACCUCCUUCCAUCAGCAAGGGCAUUGAAGAUGAAACGUGGCUGGGUCUUUCAGCAUGACAAUGAUCCCAAACACACCGCCUGGGCAACGAAGGAGUGGCUUCGUAAGAAACAUUUCAAGGUCCUGGAGUGGCCUAGCCAGUCUCCAGAUCUCAACCCCAUAGAAAAUCUUUGGAGGGAGUUGAAAGUCUGUGUUGCCCAGCGACAGCCCCAAAACAUCACUGCUCUAGAGGAGAUCUGCAUGGAGGAAUGGGCCAAAAUACCAGCAACAGUGUGUGAAAACCUUGUGAAGACUUACAGAAAACGUUUGACCUGUGUCAUUGCCAACAAAGGGUAUAUAACAAAGUAUUGAGAAACUUUUGUUAUUGACCAAAUACUUAUUUUCCACCAUAAUUUGCAAAUAAAUUCAUAAAAAAUCCUACAAUGUGAUUUUCUGGAAAAAAAUAUAUCAUUUUGUCUGUCAUAGUUGACGUGUACCUAUGAAAAUUACAGGCCUCUCUCAUCUUUUUAAGUGGGAGAACUUGCACAAUUGGUGGCUGACUAAAUACUUUUUUCCCCCACUGUAGCUACUCUAGUACAUUAGGGGGAUUUCUAUUUAGCUGAGCAUAUUAGCUAGCUAGCUAGCUAUAUUUCAUUUUGAUAUAGCUAGCUAUGCUGCUAGCUAUCUAGCUAGCUAAUGUUAACAAUUGCUGUGAAGUCAACAAAAUUAUUUGAAAUAACUAUUUUAGUAGCCAUGCAGGCAUGUACACAGAUAGGGAUCUACUUAUGCCGGAGUACCUGCCCCUUUGCCCUCCCACUCGCCAAGUGCCCUUUUGGGUGGUGGUAUAAUUAUUAUUUUAAAGAAUGUACAACGUUUUUCAUAUUUGACAUAGUGUCACAUUCGACAUUCAACAUUAUGUCACAUUUGACGUUGGUUGUUAUGUCACAAAGUUAUGCCGCAUUUAUGAAUCCUUUAUAAAGCAUGACAUACUGUUGUAGAUUAUUUUUGACAUUUAUGUAGUGUUUCUGAAGGCUUUCUGAAGGCUUUCUGAAGCCUUUAUAAGCUGCACAUCAUUUAACCUCUACGGGAUCGGUGUCCCGUAUACGGGACGGUUGAGCUAACGUGCGCAAAUGUGAUUAGCAUGACUGUUGUAAGUAACAGAAAACUCUCCAGGACAUACACAUGUCUUAUAUGGGCAGAAAGCUUACAUUCUUGUUGAUCUAACUACACUGUCCAAUUUACAGUAGCUAUUACAGUGAAAAAAUACCAUGCUAUUGUUUGAGGAGAGUGCACAACAACAAAGAACUUAGCACGUCAACUGGUUUGAUACAUUCACAUCUGAAGGUAAAUAAUGUACUUACAUUCAGUAAUCUUGCUCUGAUUUGUCAUCCUAAGAGUCCCAGAGAUAAAAUGUAGCAUAGUUCUCUUUGAUAAAAUCCAUUAUUAUAUUCAAAUGUUGGAACUGGGUUCUACAGUUUGAACUCCUGCUGUCUCUGGCUCCACACCCACCCCGCCCGGCCAUCUAGAUGUGUGAAAGUUAGUGUAUAAAAUAAUGAUCCAUCAUGUAUGACAUUCCUGGGAAUGUGUAAACUUAUAUUUUGUAUUACCAUAUCAUUUUUGUAUGUUCUCUAUAGUUAUGUACUUGAAAAUGUAUCAAUUGACCAAUUCGGCACAUUUGGGCAGACUUGAUACAAAAUAGUCCACUAUUGCAAUGAAACGUUGCACACACACUGCUUCCAUCAAGUGGCCAAAAUCAAAAUUGCGCCUAAACUGCAAUAUUAUAUUGUGGCCUUUCUCUUGCAUUUCAAAGAUGAUGGGACAAAAAAUAAAUAAAAAAUACGCACGUUUUUUUGUAUGUAUUAUCUUUUACCAGAUCUAAUGUGUUAUAUUCUCCUACAUUAAUUUCACAUUUCCACAAACUUCAAAGUGUUUCCUUUCAAAUUGUAUCAAGAAAUGCAUAUCGUUGCUUCAAGUCCUGAGCUACAGGCAGUUAGAUUUGGGAAUAUCAUUUUAUGCGAAAAUUGAAAAAAAAGGGUCUGAUCCUUAAGAGGUUAGAGGGCAACUCCACCACUUUUCAACCUUAUUUUGAUUAUCUCCAGCACAAUUCCAUUGUCUACAUAUGUGAAAAUGGCACAUUUCUAUUUUUGUGGAAAUAAAUAUAAAGUUAAAAAGUUCUACUCGAUGACAUCAUCAAAAGUUAAGACAUUUUAAAAACAGUGCUUUUUAAACACUAUGAGAUUCUUGGUAACGUGGGGAGCAAGAAAAUACCCUCCAUAUGGCUAGAAACUACUUGUAAGUUUUGAAAAUCACUGUUUUUGGGGCUUUUAAUCCUACCCUGUGAUGUCACAGAGAAGUAUUUUUUAGGUCAUUUCUUGUCUUUUUAACCACAGAUCAUAUAAAUGCACUAUUUCCACAUAUGUAGACAAUGGUAUGGUGCUGGAGAUAAUGAAUAUGAGGUUGAAAAGUGGCAGAAGUUCAUUUAAAGCGGGUCCCACAUUAGUAAAUGUAUGUUUAUUUUCAUGAAAUGCGAUGAAUUCCAUAGUGACAUAUUGUUACUUUGUUUUAGGAUGAUACAUUGUUGUGCGAGAGUAGUCACAUCACCUUUGUGUAUGAUGACAACGAAUGCUCCCUUGUGCUGCUCAACACAAGUCCAGAAGAUUCAGGGGUGUAUACCUGCACAGCCAAGAACCUGGCUGGCUUUGUGUCCUGUAAGGCUGAGCUCACCGUGCUCACAGGUAAGCCUUAGGGUACCAUUCAAUCAAAUAUGCAUUCCAGUAUUGACACAGAGGAAUAGUCGUCUGAUGUUUUCAGACCUCAAAGUAGACAAAUUAUGAGAUAUGUCCACAUCCCAAGCCACCAAUUGUAUCGUUCCAGCUACGUAUAUGCCUUAAUCCCCAAAUGAAAGGAAAAUAUUAGUACCGUCUAAUUUCCUGGUUGUUUUAUCCUGUGAUUAUCUUUUCUAUUCAUUUGGGAGAUUUGAGGAGACAGCUGGAUCUACACAACCGAUGUCUAAGGAUGUGGAUUUUUCUUGACAUUAGACUACUCGUGAGGCCUAAAAACAUCUGACAAACUUUAAUUUUGGAGUGAAAUGUCGGUUUAUCAUUGCUAAGCAGAUUUACCUGAAACUGACCCCGUGCUUGCAUCUAAUACCGCUCACCAAGGACACUUAUUAGUCAGAUUGUUGAGAUGCCGCUAUGUAGAGGCAGAUGUAAAUUAG